UUUUGAAGGUUGGUGUCGGAUGUGCUAUGGUUUAUUCUGACUGUCUAGACGACGCCACUUUCACUUUGGAACUUCAUUCAUGUGGCAUCUUCACAGCGUGGAUUUAUAAACAGACAAAUGGAUGAAAAGCAGCCAGAGGAGAAAGAAGAAACAUUACCAGGGAUCAAGGAUGAGGAAGAGAUAAUGGAAAUUAACACAUGUGAUGUGCAAAAUGUUAUCCUCUCUCAUGAGGAGGCAGAUAAGCCAUCUGAAAAGACAGAUCCAGAGACUAAAACAGGAGAGGCUGUCACAGAUUUCUCAGCACUGCCUGAGAAUAGUUUGUGGAGGAAAGAGAUUGAAGUUGAUAGUUCAGAGGAUACAGACAGCAGCUCUUCUUCUUCCUCUAUGUCUUCUCCCUGCGUCUCUGGGAUUGUUGACGAUGAAGAUGAUGAAGGUUUUAGCCAACCGGCUCCCAUCAAAACAUGCAAUGAAGUUUUGCUUGAUGAGCUUCCACCAGUUGAGGAGAUGUCUGUGUCCUUACCAGAGGGUGCUGUACUGCAGCCAGUGGGGACGAUCUCCAGCAUUAUACAGCAGCUUGUAAUUAUUCAGUCUCUGAAGGACAUGCCCCCUCUGACGGAUGACAGCUUCAUCUUUAAUGCUGACAGACUGGCUGUGGGCAAGGUUUUUGAGGUGUUUGGUCCAGUGUCUAGCCCGUUGUAUAUAAUCCGAUUUAACACUGAAGAGGAAAUAAAGAGCAAGGGGCUAACAGUGGGACUGACUGUUUUUUGUGCACCGGCCAUCAAAGAGUAUACCAGCUUUGUCAUCACACAACAUCUUCAACUUUUAAAGGGAUCUGAUGCCUCAUGGAAGAAUGACCAGGAACCACCAGAAGAGGCAUUAGAUUACAGUGACGAUGAGCAGGAGCAACAGGCAAAGAGGAAACGGAAACACAAUUCUCAAAAGCAGAGGGAGGGGAACCACGCCGCUAAUCCUGGUGCAACUACCCACAAUGUCCUGCAACAUCAGCAGCCUGAUGUCAGAGCAAGACACACGAGAUUCAGGCAGCACAGCCUGACACACGAGCAGCCGCCGGUCCAACAAGCCCACCCACCACCUGAAUACCCACAAAUACCUCCAGUGUACCUCCCCCCUCCCUGCCCCUACCCUCCCCCUCCUCUUCCUCCUCCACAACCACCUCAUGCUGCCCCGCCCAUGUACCCUCCUUACCCUCCUCCUCCUCUCCCAUCUUUUUUCAGCCCUCCACCUUCCUCUUCUCCUGUCACAUCUUUUUACAGCCCUCCACCCUCCUCUCCUUUCUGGCCUUAUUCUACGCUUCCGCCUCCGCCGCCACCUCCUCCUCCUCCUCCUCAGUGAUGCCUGACAUCUACCCUGUACAUGUGCAGACUUUCUUUCUCUCUCUCAAUUUAUAAAGUACAAUAUGUUAAAGUCAUCCACGUGUCCAAUCUGUGGCUCAGGCCGCUCACUGCGUCCUUCAAAUGCUGAUGUUGACAAGAUCAGAAUGUUCAAACAUACUGCUUUGCCGGCCUGUGCAGUUCAUCCCCUUUACAUUUUUCAGCCUCAUGCUAAACUUAAAAAAAAAACAAGAGAGAAAAUCCUUCAUCAACCAAUGUUUAUUAC